AUGAGCUUGUCUAAUGAUGCAUCUGAACCGAAGGAUGAUCCAGCUACCCAUGAAAUAUUUGUUUCUUCCGUGGACGAUGAUGGGGUGCAGCCUGCAAAGGUCGAGGCGGUUCCCUACUCAGCCAGUCAAUUCCCAAUGCGAAAACCCUCCAGAUCUCAGAACCCUAGGAGACGCCCUCGAAGCCCAGGCUUGAAAUGGUAUAAACCAUAUGAUGGGCCAGACUGUUUCAAGAUCGGCAGAGUGCUUGUGAUAGAUUACAUCAAACAGGAGCAAAGCAAACAGGGGAUGCGGAAGGUAGCAGCCCAAGAGUUCGACUCAGAACAUGGGUUACGGCACUUGUAUUCGACGCCAGCACGGGUAGGUGAACCACUUCUCCGUGUGAUACAUUGCCAAAAUGCUUCGUGGGCGACGCACUUUCUAUUGCGUAAAUUCAAUAUCAAUGCCCAAGACGACUUGGUUGGUACUGAUUUUGGUAAAUGGGUCAAGUACAAGCGUCCAGAGAGCCGGGGUGGCAAACCCUAUCUCAAUGGCAAGACAUGGAAGACAACGCAUGAUCCCUGGAGAGGCAUAAGCCGGUCUUCAUUCGGUCUUGACUACCUGAAAUACUACAAAUGUCCUAAGUAUCAAGACAGGUCGAGUGAAGCAUUGAAGGAAAAAAUGUUCGAAUUGAAUCACUAUGACGAAGAAGACAACCCAAAGUACGGUUUCGACUUGUAUGUUCAAAGAAUUAGUUGCUACAUUCAACAUAAAGAUCCUAUCGUUGACACAAUAGAUUAUCCUGGUAUAGAAUCACCUUAUGACGAGUCGAAUGGAGGGCCAGACCCACAGCACUACGUCCCGCACCUCGAAUCUCUUGAUAAUGGCAACGUGAUUAUCAUAUUUGAGAACUCACCCUUCAACUCUCCGUGGGAUACUCUGAUCAGUGCUCGCGAACAGUGGGAAUCACGUUGGCGCCGACUUCCAUUCUAUCUAAGCGUAGAAUCUCAUGAUCUAUCCAGCGAUGAUAAUCUGUCACUAGAAUGCAUGAGAAUCAUUUUGGCAGAUAUCUGGAAGAGUGUGUCAGAAAAUUGGGAGGCUGUGUUUGACAUUUGCAAUACCCACGUGUCCAUUCUCGAGGACAAAAUUUAUGAUGGACCAGCAGAUGAAAGUCGAGCGCCCGAGCUUUGGUCCAACUCUAGCAUGUGGUUGAAAGUUGAAAGGCUUGUUGGCAUACACGGAGCACUGUCCCGGGAGAUGCAAACCAACUUACGAGAACUAACAGGCGAUCCGCAAGACAUUUGGCUUGAGCAAAGUACGGACGAUAUGAAUAAGUUAACAGUCUUGGUACAAGAUGAUCUCGUCAAGCCUACUGCAAACCUGGCCGAUCUGAUGUACAAAUCGGUGGAAAUUCGGGACUCUCGGCACUCCUUGCAACUCAACACAAGCAUGUGGUAA